AUGCAAGCAUUUCUCUUUAUAAUCAUAUUAUAUAACUGCAUAUGUUUGGCGUUAAUAUAUUCGUUUAACCCAUCAAUUGGGAGCAUCAUCAAUGUGCUUAUAAAAACACCUUAUAAGUUAUCUUUUGGUGAAUCUGAUAAAAGUGCGGAAAUUGCGAAUUUGGAAGGAACGGGUAAUUUUUCGAAUGAAACAAGCACUAAAGAGACAGAACAAAUCGUCGAAUUCGAAAGUAAAGAGUCCAAAAAUGAUGACAAAUAUGUGUUGAAUAAUGAAUCAAAACCUGAGUCAGUGGUAGAUUAUGAAGUGGCAGCUACUAAAGAAGCUAUAGUAGAAGAAGCAUCAAUCGAUAAUGAAACCAUAAUAGAAGAGACAGUUAAUAAAGAUGAUCCUUCAGACGAAAUAAAAAGAAUUAAAGAAGUCACAGCCGAAGAAAUCGAAAAACUUAAAAAGAGUGCAGCAAAAGAAAUAAAAAAAAUUAAAAAAGCUGCUGCGGGAGAAGUAGAAAAGAUUAAAGAAACUGUAGCAGAAGAAAUCGAGAUUGCUAAAGAAAUAAUAGCAGGUUCUGUAUUAGAAAAAAAAGAAAAGGAAAAAGAAUACGUAUCAGAGCAUACAGAAGAAAAUAAAGAAAAGGGACCCAUAUCAGAACAUACAGAAGAAAAUAAAGAAAAAGAAUCCGUAUCAGAACAUACAGAAGAAAGUAAAGAAGAUACAUUGAAAGAAAUAGAAGUAUCAAAAAAUGUUAAUAUAGAAAAUGAAACUAUUGUGAAGGAAAUAGAUAAAUCAAAUGAUGAAAUGCUUAGUGAAACGGAGAAAGAAUAUAAUACAGAUGAGAUGAUUCAAGAAAAAUAUGGGGAAUUCAAAAUCGGUGAAAAUUCCUAUUAUUGGGAAAACGCAUAUAUCGAUGCAGAGGGUACUGUUGACGAUGGUAUGGAAAUUGUUGGAUCUUCAAAAAGAAGUAAUAGUGCUAUUAGUGAUAAGAAGAUUAAGAAUAGUGUCUAUUUAAUUCCAGGGUUGGGAGGAAGUACGUUAAUUGCGGAAUAUAAUGAUGCAGAUAUUGAAAGCUGUAGCUCAAAAUUAUUACACUCGAAACCUUAUAGAAUAUGGCUUAGUAUAAGCAGAUUAUUUUCAAUUAGAUCAAAUGUAUAUUGUUUAUUUGAUACAUUAAAAUUAGAUUAUGAUAGAGAGAAUAAAAUAUAUCGCAACAAACCAGGUGUAAUUAUAAAUGUUGAAAAUUAUGGAUAUAUAAAAGGUGUUGCAUUUUUAGAUUAUGUAAAAAAUAAGCCAUUGCGUUUAACAAGAUAUUAUGGUAUUCUUGCAGAUAAAUUUUUGGAAAAUGAAUAUAUUGAUGGAAAGGAUAUAUUAAGUGCCCCAUAUGAUUGGAGAUUUCCCCUUUCACAACAAAAAUAUAACGUUUUAAAGUCACACAUUGAACAUAUAUAUAAAAUAAAACAAGAAAUUAAAGUCAAUUUAAUAGGUCAUAGUUUAGGUGGCUUAUUUAUUAAUUAUUUUUUAUCACAAUUUGUAGAUGAGGAAUGGAAAAAAAAGCAUAUAAAUAUAGUAAUACAUAUUAAUGUACCAUUUGCUGGUUCGAUUAAAGCAAUUAGAGCACUACUUUAUAAUAAUAAAGAUUAUACGCUUUUUAAAUUAAAAAAUAUUCUUAAAGUAUCUAUAUCUGGAAGUUUGAUGAGAGCUAUUUCGCAUAAUAUGGGUUCUCCACUUGAUCUUUUACCUUAUAGAAAAUAUUAUGACAGAGAUCAAAUCGUUGUAAUAAUAAAUAUGGAUGAGUUUCCAAUUGAUGAGAAACUUGCUCAAAGCAUAGUAACUGAAUGUGGAAUAUAUAACGAAAGUUGUUACACUGAUAGAGAAGAUGUAAAUUUAAAGACAUAUACAUUAUCAAAUUGGUACGAAUUGUUAAGUAAUGACAUGAGGGAAAAAUAUGAAAAUUAUAUCCAAUACACCGAUAGAUUUUUUUCAGUAGAUCAUGGUAUUCCAACAUAUUGUUUGUAUAGUACCACUAAAAAAAAAAACACAGAAUAUAUGCUCUUCUACCAAGAUACGCACUUUAUUCAGGAUCCUAUAAUAUAUUAUGGUAUUGGCGAUGGAACUAUUCCAUUGGAAAGUUUAGAGGCUUGUAAAAAACUCCAGAAUGUGAAAGAAGCUAAACACUUUGAAUAUUAUAAGCAUAUUGGAAUUUUAAAAAACGAUAUAGUUAGUGAUUACAUAUACAAUAUCAUAGAUAAAAAUACAACUAAUUAA